AUGGCACCAUAUCAAUCCGACGACAAUGUCAUCUUUCUGUACCAUUGCCUUCAGCAUUGCUCUGGAGAUGGGAAGAUCGACUGGGAAGCUGUUGCUGUAGCAAUCGGCUCGACCAAAGGUGCUAGUGCCAUUCGCUACAGACGUCUCAAGGAAAAGAUCGAGCAAGAUACAGGCUCUACAGCAAGCAAGCCGUCGGGUGCGAGCAAAGCCAAGAAGAGUGACGGCACACGCAAGCGUAAGGCUCCGACUAAAGAUGAGGACGACGAUGAUGACGACAAACCCGACAAGGCUCUGCCACAAGUCGAUGGUGCUGCUGACGGAGCUGGCCCUAAGCGCCAGACCCGAGGCAAGAAAUUAGACUAA